GUACGAAAUAUAAAAAACGAAAUAAAAUAAAUAAAAUAAGCUGAGAUCAACAUUAACAAAUUGUCAAUCUUAAAUAAGAAUAUCUUGAAAAUGCCAGAUGAGUUGUUGAAAAUCACCUAUCAGCGCUCUGACGUGGCUGGACUCUAGAACGACGGAGAGUCCUGUGAUAUAUGAAAUAAAUAUAUGCGAAAAUUUAUGUAAUACCGUUUGUUUCAAAAAACACAAACAUAAAAACUAGUGUGCAAAUAACUCCACCAUCAACAAAACAAAGCAGUAUUCGUUUGAAAUCAUCAUAUUCUUUUAUUGCAAAAAGUAUUAGUUAAUGUAAAAUAGGAUGCUGCCCAGUUUGGAUACCUUAAUGCGGUGCUCGAAGCGCGUUCUGCAAUCGCCUCUGGAGGCGACGGCAACCGCCAAUCUCCAGAUGCGGAAUGGACACAGCAAAGCCCCGGCCGGCAGCAUCUACGGCCCCUUCACGCCCGACAAUGAUCUCAGCUGCUCCGGACGGGGUGACUGCGUGAACCACACCUGUGUCUGCGACAUUCGUUAUGCCGGCGAUGAGUGCAACUUCUUCAAUCUGCCGUACUAUGCCGGCAUCUCCACCGUCUUCUAUGUGGUGGCCCUCGUCUCUGUCAUUCAGCUGCUCAUCUGCAUUGUGGCCGAGUACCAGCGUCUCAAGCAGCCCUCCAUUCUCAGGGCCUGUCGCAUCACCACACAGAAGCUGCUCUACUUUAUGGUCUUUGUGGCGGCCUCCCUGCGCGGGGCCUACUUUACCACACCGUUGGAUUUACAGCCUCAAUGGGCCGUAACACUGAUGUCCGCCUACUAUCCAUUGCUGAUGACCUGCGCCUCCCUGAUUGUCUGCAUGUGGGCCGAGAUCUUUCACCUGCGCGACAUUCGCUGGGAGAAGUCGCAGUUCCUGUCGAAGAGUUUCCUCGGCUUUGUGGCCUUCAACUUUUUCCUGUACAGCCUGUUUGGAAUUGAGGUCUUCAGCUCGCUGAUCAAUGCGGAGCGGCGGGACUACGCGCACAUAUUCAAUGGCUGCUAUGCCGUUCUGCUGCUGAUCGUUGUCGUCUUCUUUCUCAUUUACGGCGUGGAGGUGUUCUUCAAGCUGCGCGGCGGCUUUGUCUACGACCAAACGGGCAAGAUUCUGGGUCCCAGCGAGGCGAUUGUGAAUGCCUCACAGCUCCACCAGUCACGCUUCGGACUGCUCAGUCAGGCGGUAAUGCUCAUCGUGAUUGUUGGCUUUCUCACCUCCGAAACUCUGGGCGAUUUCUGGAAGACCAAGGUUCCUGUGAACUCUCGCAACUGGCAUGACAUCAUUUUCCGUAUUGCUGAGAUUGGCGUUGCUCUGUGGUUCCCCUGCUGCCUGUGGAACUCGAUGGCGCCCGAACAGCUCUGGAUACUGAAUCCGCGCAAGUUGCUCUCCCGCCAGAUUGAUCCGUCGAUACCCACGUUGAAUGCCGAAACCAAUAAGCUCUCGCCCGAGGAGGGUCAGUCAUUUCUGGCGAAAAAGGAUUGCUGGAUAUGCUACGACAAUGACAAGCCCGAGCCCUUAAUUCAGCCCUGCCGCUGCACUGGCGACGUUAGCUCUGUCCAUCACGAGUGCCUCAAACGCUGGCUGGUCGAGAGCUGCAGCAAAACGGAGGCCCAGCUGUCCUGCAAGGUGUGCGGCCAUCCCUACGAGAUAGAAAAGUCCAAAAAACUCGAGUGGGACAAGGGCUUUACCAUCCAGCACUGGUCCAAGACGGUGAUACUGAUCACUCUGAUGUGCGUGACGGGCGCCGCUGCCUGGGUGGUUAUCCAGAUGUAUGUGGACCCUCUGGUGCGAGUCAUGACCGUCGGCGUGGCCGUGCUCAUUGGCUAUGUGUGUGUCAAGUGUCUGGGUGAGAAUACCGUGGUGGCCUAUCAGCGUGCCAAAGUUAGCUCCAUCAAUAUUGUGACCAGCUCGGAGAUGGAGAAGCUUCACACCAUUUGCGAGGAUGUUAGCGCUGCCAGUACAUCGGCAGCGGCAGCACGAACUGGCGCUGCCUCUUAAUAGGUUGAGGGAGGAGGAAAGAGCGUACAUGCCAUAAGGAGAGUCAGCAGCGCAGUUGAGCAGAACUUACAGACAUUAUUACUUACUUAUUUGCAUCUAGUUUAGAAUGCGUUUUAUGCACACAUUUUGCUCAAUCCACAUCACACAUAACCUUCCCUCAAACGUGUACAUAAAAAGUAAGAAAGAUGAUGCCCAACGUAGUGAGUAGAAAAGUAGUUACCGAGUCAAUUGUGUCUCUCAAAUUAUCAUGCAGAUUUCAAGCAGUGGAAAUGUAUUACAAGAAGCCAAAUAUUAUUAGUCUCUAAGCAUAUAAGCCAGUAUCACACUUACACGAAAAAAACAGAAACAGAAACAGAUAGAAACGUCUUGAGAUUAUGAACGCGUUGCCAAGUAGCCUGAAAAGAGCGAGCCGAGAGCGAAGAGUA